UCCCCGCGGCGCGAGAUCAAGAUCGACGGUGACCUGGUGCUGGGCGGCCUGUUCCCCAUCCACGAGAAGGGCCUGGGCAUGGACGAGUGCGGCCGCAUCAACGAAGACCGGGGCAUCCAGCGGCUGGAGGCCAUGCUGUUUGCCAUCGACCGCAUCAACCAGGACAUGUCCCUGCUGCCCGGCGUGCAGCUGGGCGUGCACAUCCUGGACACCUGCUCGCGCGACACCUACGCCCUGGAGCAGGCGCUGGAGUUUGUGCGCGCCUCGCUCACCAAAGUGGACGACACCGAGUUCAUUUGUCCCGACGGGUCGUACGCACUGCAGGAGGACAGCCCGCUGGCCAUCGCGGGCGUCAUCGGAGGCUCGUACAGCAGCGUCUCCAUACAGGUUGCCAACUUGCUGCGGCUAUUCCAGAUCCCCCAGAUCAGUUAUGCCUCCACCAGCGCCAAGCUGAGCGACAAGUCGCGUUACGACUACUUUGCCCGCACGGUGCCGCCCGACUUCUACCAGGCCAAGGCCAUGGCGGAGAUCCUGCGGUCCUUCAACUGGACCUACGUGUCCACGGUGGCGUCGGAAGGAGACUACGGCGAGACGGGCAUCGAGGCCUUCGAGCAGGAGGCGCGCCUGCGCAACAUCUGCAUCGCCACGUCCGAGAAGGUGGGCCGGUCCAACUCUAAGCGUUCAUCCUACGAGGCCGUGGUGCGGCAGCUGCAGCAGAAGCCCAACGCCAAAGUGGCGGUGCUCUUCCUCCGCAGCGACGACGCCAGGGAGCUCUUGGCGGCAGCUGCCCGACUCAACGCUUCUUUCCUGUGGGUGGCCAGCGACGGGUGGGGCGCCCAGGAGAGCAUUGUCAAGGGCAACGAGGCCACGGCCGAUGGGGCCAUCACCCUGGAGCUGGCGGCCCACGCCAUCCCCAACUUCAACCAGCACUUCAUGACGCUCCGGCCUGAGAACAACGCGCGCAACCCCUGGUACCGGGACUUCUGGGAGCAGAAGUUCCAGUGCUCGCUAGCCGGCAGCAACAACCUGGGCGUAUCUCCGAGGCCGUGCGAGCACAACCUGACGGUGGACGAGUCCAACUUCGAACCCGAGUCCAAGAUCAUGUUUGUGGUGAACGCGGUGUACGCCAUGGCGCAUGCCCUCCACCGCAUGCAGAGGGCGCUGUGCUCCAACACCACGCUGCUCUGUGACGCCAUGCGGAGCCUGGACGGCAGGAAGCUCUACCGGGAUUUCCUGCUCCACGUCAGCUUCAGAGCUCCAUUUUCCCCUCCCGGCACGGAGAGUGUGGUGAAGUUUGAUCCGUAUGGUGAUGGUAUGGGUCGCUACAAUAUCUACAAUUAUCAGCGCUUGCCAGGCAGCGACCGCUAUAGCUACAUACAGGUGGGCGAGUGGGCGGAGACACUGUCCCUGAACGACGCCAUGAUCGGCUGGCCCCGCAGCGGCGUGGUGCCCACGUCCCAGUGCAGCGACCCCUGCGCCCGCAACGAGAUGAAGAAGAUGCAGGCGGGCGAGUACUGCUGCUGGAUCUGCACCCCCUGCGAGGCCCACGAGUAUCUGCCGGACGAGUUCACCUGCUCCCCCUGCCCGCCGGGCCAGUGGCCCACCGAGGACCUGAGCGGCUGCUUCGACCUGCCCGAGGACUACAUCAUGUGGGAGGACGCCUGGGCCAUCGGGCCCAUCACCAUCGCCUGCCUGGGCUUCAUCUGCACGCUGAUGGUGUUUGGGGUGUUUGUGCGGCACAACGACACGCCGCUGGUGAAGGCGUCGGGCCGCGAGCUGUGCUACAUCCUUCUGCUGGGCGUGUUCAUGUCGUACACCAUGACGUUCGUGUUCAUCGCUAAACCCUCGCCGGCCAUAUGCACGCUGCGGCGUUUGGGCCUGGGCACGUCGUUCGCCGUCUGCUACUCGGCGCUGCUCACCAAGACCAACCGCAUCUCGCGCAUCUUCAACGGCGUGAAGGACGGCGCCGGGGCCCAGCGGCCGCGCUUCAUCAGCCCCAGCUCGCAGGUCUUCAUCUGCCUGUCGCUCAUCUCCGUGCAGCUGCUGCUGGUGUCCGUCUGGAUGCUGCUGGAGGUGCCCGGCACGCGCCGCUUCACGCUGCCCGAGCGCCGGCAGAUGGUCAUCCUCAAGUGCAACGUGCGCGACUCCAGCAUGCUGCUGUCGCUCUCCUACGACGUGCUGCUGGUGGUGCUGUGCACCGUCUACGCCUUCAAGACGCGCAAGUGCCCCGAGAACUUCAACGAGGCCAAGUUCAUCGGCUUCACCAUGUACACCACCUGCAUCAUCUGGCUGGCCUUCCUGCCCAUCUUCUACGUCACCUCCAGCGACUACCGGGUCCAGACCACGACCAUGUGCAUCUCUGUCAGCCUGAGCGGGUUCGUGGUCCUGGGCUGCAUGUUCGCCCCAAAGGUCCACAUCAUCAUGUUCCAGCCCCAGAAGAACGUCGCCAGCCAUCGGCUCAACCUCAACCGCUUCAGCGUGAGUGGCCCCGCCGCCGCCACCGCCACCACAUACGCCUCUCAUGUAAGCGCUCACUACGUCCCGACGGUCUGUAACGGCAGAGAGAUUGUGGACUCCACCACCUCCUCUCUGUGA